GCAAUUCACAACUUCUGCACACCGCGAUGAAGCCAACGCCGCGUGCGAAAUUCAGCUACAAUGCACGGACGUACAGCACAUCGAACAAGGAAACCGUGUCCAUAUCGUCUUUAGUGAAUGCUGACAUCACGCUCAAGGUGCUCUACGAAGCACACGGCCAAGGUCUCGAGAAAGACGACAAGGCCAUCUUGGCGGCGACGCUCCGGACGUCGGCGACUGUCACGACAAAGCUCGAGUCGCUCUUGAUGAAACACCAGCGGCCGGCGGGAAACGCCGGGAUUCCUCGCGUCGGGGCUGACAUGAAGCGGGAGGCGGCCAAGUGUGCAUCCUGUGCCAAGAAGUUUGCGCUCCUCGCGCGGCCCACCAACUGCAUGACGUGUGGCUACAUUUCCUGUGGGAAGUGCAUCUCCCAUCGCCAAGUGCCGCGCAGCUUUGGCUACGACGAAUCGUCAACCGUGAAAGUGUGUACGCUCUGUAGCGCCUGGUUCAAGGACUUUUUAAAUGCUCAAUUCGACCUACACAUUCGGCCACGCCUCAACGACGCGCCGCCACCGCCACCACCGCCUCCAGACACCCCGUCCUCCGACGUUCUCCCAGCCACCAUUGAUCAGUUUCUCGCGGCGGUUGACGUCGCCACAGACGACGGGCACCUGUCCCCGUCCGUGAAGGACGAAAUCUCCGCGGCGGCGAUAGGGCCCCGCCUGACGGUGACCACUGCGGGUAUCAUCAUGAGCAUCCUCAAGCAUGUGCUGGCGACGAUCGUCGCGCAUUACGAAUACCAUGACGACAUGGACUCAAACGACAGCGAAGGCAACGACGUGGCCACGCCCCUCUUGUCGGCGUCGUCGAUGCCGCCCCCCCCGAUGAUGUCGCUGUCGGACGACACCACCCCCUUCUUCGUCUCUCGCAAGUCGACGCGGCAUCUGCCUAGCAAUGUGCAGCCAGACAAGACAUCGUCGGGGGUGCCAGAUCUAGCAAUCCGGUCCAUCCUGUCUUUGAUGGUGCUCUUGGACAGUAUUCCCACCCACGACCACGUGCCCCAUACGCUGUCUGUGGUUGGCAAUAGCAACAGCCAUGACGACGACGAUAACGUGGAGGCUCUCAUGCAUCUGUCCACCCCAGAUAUCGACCCGUACGACCAGGUCGAUGAGGACGACGUGGCGGCGGCGGCGGGGCGUCAGCAUGCCACUGACAUUCGGGACAUUCCGCCUGUGGAGGAGCUCCUCGAAGAGGACGAUCGUGACACCACCGCGUCUUCUUUGUCUGAGAAUCCUAACCUGCUGCUCCCGACAACUUCGUAUUACGUGACACUGUUCCGCAAGGCAUCGGAUCGGUACCGGCUGACUGUGAACCCGACCCUCGGGCUCGUCCACGUCACAUCCAUCGUUCGAGGAUCAACGUUUAGCUUUCGGUUUCCAGACGUGCACGUGCAGGCAGGGGCCGUAGGUAGUGACGCCGUUCGGCUGUGCUUUGUGCACCGGUCAGACGUGGUGUACCAGUUUGCGUCGGACGCGGUCAAAGCCGAGUUUUGCUCAGUGGUUGACGCGUACAAGCGUGCACACCCGCACAUCGAGCCGCGGCGGCUACCGCUCGUACCGCUGCUCAAAGGCGAGCGGCGGAUGCAUCUGUCCCGAUUCCCCGCGACCGCCGCGCUCAUGGACUGCCAUGUUCGGGGUAUCGUCAUGGUGACCAACUACCGGCUGCUGUUUUUACCCCUGGAAGCCCACGGCCCGACGCUGGUGGAAAUUCCGCUGUUUGCGAUCGUGUCGGUGUCCAGGGCUGGCGGGGGCGUCGGCACGGGAUUCACCAAGGACCCGGCGGCUUGUCGCCUGCAGGGCACCUCGGCGCUGGCAGUUACGUGCAAAGACGUGCGGGCGCUUCGUUUGGAUGUGGCCGACGACAAGGCGGAGACCCUCCAGACGCUGGUGAACCGCCUAGCCGAAUGCACCCAGCGCCACACCCCCGUGCACCUUGUGGGGUGCAGCAGUAUGACGGAAGGAUCAGGUGGAGACAUCCCCCACUUUGCAUUUCUGUACAUCAUGUCGCAUGUUCCCGUGGACGGCUGGCAGUUUGCCCAUCUCGCAACCGAGUACGAACGACUGGGACUGAACGACGACACACAUUUUCAGUGGAUUGACAACGACAAUGGCGACGUGUGUGACUCGUACCCGCCGACGCUGGUCGUACCCGCAUCGCUCUCCCAAAGCAGCAUCGAAAGCGCCGCGGGGUUCCGUGCCAAGGGGCGGCUCCCCGUCGUGACGUGGCUACACCCUGUGCACAAGUCGGUUCUCGCGCGGUCAUCGCAACCGCUGCUGGGUCGGCUCCUCAGCGGCGCCUCGUGCAACAUGGACGAAGGCAUUGUCAACUGCUACAGACAGCGGCCAGGGCCGUCGAAACCGUUUUACAUUUUCGACGCGCGCAAGUCCAAAGCCGCCGCGGGCAACCGCCUCAUGGGAAAAGGCGGCGUUGAAACCUCCGAGAAUUACGAACGAGCUAUCAUUUACCAUCUCAACAUUGCCAACAUGUACAAAAUGCAAGCGUCGUACCAAGCCAUGGUGAAGAUCUGUAUCAUGCCAGAAUACGACAAGACAUGGUGGUCGGCUGUCGAGGCCACACGAUGGUUUGAGCACUUGCAUUUGGUUCUGGACGGCGCGUGUCGCAUAGCGCGGGUGCUCGAGGUCGAAGGCGCGUCGGCCCUCGUCCACUGCAGCGACGGAUGGGACCGGACGUGUCAGCUGGUCUGCUUGGCUCAGAUUAUGCUUGAUCCGCACUACCGCACGCUGCAUGGGUUUGCCACGCUCGUAGAAAAGGACUGGUGUUUGUUUGGGCACAAGUUUAUGGAGCGGCUGGGGGGCAACCGCGGCAAAGACCCGAUGCGGGCCAAGAUGUCGCCCAUCUUUUUCCAGUUUCUGGACGCCGUGUUCCAAAUGUUGUCGCAGUUUCCAAACGCAUUCGAGUUCAACGAGCACUGCUUGCUGCACUUGGCCAACGCGCUCACGUCCGGGCUCUACGGCACGUUCGUGUACGACUCGUACCAGCAGCGCAAGCUCGCGGGAGUCGCCUCGCGCACCGUGUCAGUGUGGACUCCGCUGUGUGCAGCCGCGUCGUUCUUUCUCAAUCCAGACUACACCCCUGUCGUUGGCCCAUUGUGGGUUUGGACGGGGCACCAGGCGCUCAAGCUGUGGACCAAUUACUUUUUACAACACCACGAACUGCAGACCACGCGCGUAGCGGGCAAGAGCUUGACGCCGUCGGCGUCGUUGACCAGUGCAUUGGACACACUGUCGACACACGAGCCAUCCCCCGAGGAGUAGUGGACGAAUGUGUAAAUACUGUAACAAAGUCUAUUACUAUAGUCGCAUGUCACCACUACACAUGUGUAGUUGGUGCUAUUUGAA